AUGUCUCAAGAAGAAUGUUCAAUGAAAUCUGAUGAAAACAAAAAAAAAAGAAAGAUAGACGAUAAUAAUGUACAUUUAGGUGGCGAAUAUGAAGUAAACAAUAGCACAGUUGAUAAUAUUGCUGAUGGUUUUCAAGUAGUUGGAGAGGCAGCUCAACCAUUUCUUCAAUUUUUUCAAUCUGUUACAACUAUUGUAGACUCAAUAAUGAAAGCUUAUAAAAAUGGAAAAUGUAAUCAAAAAAUUUGUUUAGCUUUAAUUGAUCGUGUUGAAAUCGCUCAGCAAGCAGUUAAAUCUUUAGAAAGACAACAAAUGGAAAAUGAAGAACUUUUUGAAAAACAAGACUAUUAUAAUGCAUGGGUUAGAUUUAUAGUUGUUUUAGAAAAUAUAAAUAAAUUUGUGAAAGAAGUCACUCAAUUAUCAAACCUGCAAAAGUUUUUGACUGCAAACGCCGUUAAAGAAGCAUUUGAUAAAAAUAUUAAAGAAUUUGAAGAAGUAUGCAGAGAUUUAAAUUUCACUUUGGCUAUUUAUGAUAUAAAUAAAAAGGAUUUAGAAAAUAAAAGAAUUAUGGAGGAUAUUAAUGCCUUAACUAAGAAUAUGAAUGAUUCUUUUAGUGAACAUAAGAAAGAAUUGAAGAAAGAAUUGGCUCAAUUAUCCGAAAAAUUUGAUCAACUUAUGAAGAAAACUACCUUUGUUGAUCCCACAUUAAUAGAGGCCUAUAGAGAGCCCGAAAUAAAUCCACGAGAACUUGCUCCAGUUCCAUCAGAAAAUGAUUCCGGAAAAACUAUACUCCAAAGAAAUUAUCGGGGAGUCAAAGUCGCUUGUAAAAAGAUUCUUGUUGAGAAAAAUGAUAUAAAAUCUUGUGCUGAGUUUGCUAUCUUACAAAAAAUGUUGCUUGAUCCAAGUCCAAUCGCCCAAGAACUUUUUAAAAUUAUUAAGCAGGCUUGGCAACAUAAUCCUUCUGAGCGUCCAAAAGUCAUGAAUGUGCUAACAACUCUUCAAGAAGCUUAUGAAAAAUACGUUCCUAAAGGAGCUUCUCCCAUGAUACUUCCUAAAAAUAUUAGCGACAACAAUAUCCCAAUCUAUAAUCUAGAAGGAAAUAAAAAUAAAUGCGAUACUAGAAAAUUUCCAGAGGAUUGUAAGAGCGAACCAAUUGAUAGGGAAAAGGCUAAGCAUUAUGCCAGAUUAGCUGCUUUGAAAAAUUAUUCUAAAGCAAUUGAACUUUUAAAAAAAUUAAAUGCAGUUCCGGAUAUAGAUAUGUCUGAUGCUUGA